AUGUCAAGUUUCCCGGUGUGAAAUUGUAGGAGUUCGUGAGUACGCAGCUCAGAUUGGUUUAUUAUUAGAAAAAAUGAAGAUCCAAAUGAAUUAAUUGGUGCAAUUCAAGGUCCAAAUAAUACUCCAUAUGAAGGAGGAAUAUUUUAUUUUUCAAUCACACUUCUUUAUACGUACUGUCAGCCAGAAUUUAUAUUUCUAACCAAAAUUCUCCAUCCAAACAUAAAGAAAACUGGUAAAUUAAGAAUUCAAAUUCAAUAUCCUGCGAGAAAAGGUUUAAAAGAAUUGCUAGAUUGAAUAGUAAAUUUAUUGAAAGAACCCCAAUGAAAUGCUUCAAAGCUACCUAAAAAAUUUGAAUUGUAUCAAAAAGAUCCAGAUGCAUAUUAUUCCUAUGUAAAGCAAACUACAAUAAAAUAUGCUAAUUAA